CGGUCGAUCUCCGUGGGCCGUAACGCCGAAGACUAGUAGAAGGAGGAGUAGCUCGGGCGGCGAGCAUCCACGCACGCACGCAGAAUUUACCAAAGCACACAGAAGGAGAACGAGAGGGAGAGGGGAAAAGCCGACGGCAGAAGGAACGCGAAGCCAUCCCCUCCCGUUGCUUCCUCGCGCCGAACUCGAAUCCUCCCCCUCGCGCCGUGCCAGAGGGCUCCGCCGGAGAUCGAUCGAGGGGACGCGGCCCGAGCCGGAGAUGGUCGCCGCCGUGGUGAACUACCCGCUCGUCGCGGGGCUCCUCGCCUUCGCGGUCGCGCAGUCCGCCAAGUUCUUCACCACCUGGUAUAAAGAGAAGCGUUGGGAUGCCAGGCAAUUUAUAGCUUCUGGAGGGAUGCCAUCAUCACAUUCAGCCACAGUGACAGCACUUGCAGUGUCUGUUGGUAUCCAAGAAGGCUUUCGUAGUGCUACAUUUGCAACUUCAGUGAUACUUGCAUGUGUGGUGAUGCAUGAUGCUUUUGGUGUUCGGUUGCAUGCUGGAAAACAGGCAGAGGUGUUGAACCAAAUUGUCUACGAGCUGCCUAUAGAGCAUCCACUGGCAGAGACAAAGCCAUUGCGUGAAAUUCUUGGACACACAGUCCCUCAGGUGGUGGCUGGUUGCAUCCUUGGAAUCCUCACGGCUGUGAUCAUGCUCUUAGCUCUGGGGAGUUACACUUAGAUUUCGGCAAUAUUUGAUCAUCAGAUAUCACAUCGCCGAUCUUGUAAAGCAUAAAGAAAAAAGCUCAUCUUUGAUGUAAUGUGUGAAAGUGGCCUGUCCAUGCUGAUGCUACAAAGUCUUAACUGAUUUAGAUCUGCGCUGUAGGAUAGUGGGUCGUAGCUUCAGUUGGUGCUGUAUAUCUGAGAUGUUUGCUGUCGAUUAGAACCUUCUCGUGUUGAAUGUUUGCUGUACAACUAGCAGUGAUAUACUGAUAUGUAGCUUGAGAAGUGAUGGUUCUGAAUAGUUGAUACCACGUCA